AUGAAUCCAAUCUAUCUGGACCCCCAUCUUCGGGACCCAGGUUCUCGAACAAAAUCGCGCAAUGAUGCAGCAACAGGAGCAUCCGCCGCUGGCGUUCGUGCCGUCAGUGCACAGAUGGUUGCCUUCUACUUCCGCGCUCCGAUCAAAGCUUUUUUUCGCACCCGUGUUGACUAUAUGGCAUUUGCCCGAGCUGUGAACCCCCGAGUCGCAGAAGGGAAAUGGUCCAUCCAUACCACCACUCCCGGUUUGUUGCUUCAUGCGGUCCGAACAUAUGGCUGGAGGUUCAUUCCGAAUCAAGUGUUACCACCUCUUUUGGCAAAUGCAGGAAUCGGAGCCGUUCUCUACACUUCUUAUUUACAGGUUCUGGGGGCCCUUCAUGAACCUGUCUCACAGGGAGUCAAGCGUGUCUGGCCUCCUGCACCUGCAUCGGCCACGUUUACCGCAGGUUUUACCGCAGGGACCAUCCAAUCCAUAGUUGCGGCCCCACUGGAUGCUCUUCAGGUUCGUCUUCAGACCAACGAUAUGCUGCAGGGUCAGUACCGGACUAUGUGGCACUACGGGCAUCACAAACUAAAACAGAUUGGACUCCGAGGAGUCUUUGCGGGUUGGAGCCUCUCCUUUCUCCGCGACUCUCUUGGUUAUGCCGUAUUCUUCUCCUCUUUUGAGUACGUCAAGUCCCAGUCGUACUAUUCCUUUGUUACUUGGUAUUAUGGGUCCCUCCACACCGAUAAUCUGGGCCUACUUUCCUCCCCCGGCUCUAGCGACCGAGGCGUGCCGCUUAUCAAACCUCAUUAUGCACUGGAACCCUGUUUUCUGAUGAUGGCAGGGGUGGUAGGCUCGGUGGCCCAACAGGCGAUUCAACACCCUCUAAGCCGCAUCCAAAACCUUCAUUUGGGUCGAUUAGAGUAUCUAGACCACCAAGCGAGUCUGGACCCCUCAAGACAACAGAUGCUGCGUCUGUACUACCAUGCAUACCAGGAGACCUGGAAGCGAUGCCAACGCAAGGCUGAGCGGGCUGGCGGAUGGCGAUCAUGGCUAUUUCGUGGUUUUGUGAGCAGCUCCCUGCGGCAGGUCCCCAGUACCAGCGCGGGUCUCAUUAUCUUUGAGUUGGAACUAAAGAGGGCUUCCGGCCCAUUGACCGUCAUCAUUCUUUCUCCAAACUCCCCACGCGUCAUUCCUCUCCGGUCCCUUUCCCGCUCCCCCGCCCAACACAUCGUACUAGAUUCUGCCAGCGAGAAAGGUAGCCGCCGCUCAUCUCACUCGUUGACUCGUUCCGAGUCUGACUUCUCUAUCUGGUCGGACACCGGUGAUCUUGCCGAGCAACUCGCCGAGGAUCCUCUUCACAGUCACCCACACGGCACCCUCGAGCGCGACGUCUUGGUCCGUAAAGGAGGACGGAAAUCCUCAAAGCGGGUGCAUUACCCGCAAGACUGCUCUAAGACCGAUUCAGAUAUACUGAAGGAGAAUAUUAAAAUCCCUAGUCCUUCACCACGGCGAAUAUCUCAGAUAGAACGGCUCCUGGCCACCGUUAUGUCACCCAGCAAUAGGCAAAAUGCCCAAAUCCAUGGCUUGGUGGGCAAACCGCUGCUGUACUUCACUAGUGUUUUCGUAUCUCUAGGGGUAUUUCUGUUUGGAUAUGACCAGGGCGUCAUGUCAGGUAUCAUCACUGGUUGGUACUUUGAUGAUUACUUUGACCAACCCUCACGGGCCACUAUUGGUACUGUGGUGGCUAUUCUGGAGGUGGGAGCAUUCAUAUCUUCUCUCUUGGUAGGCAAAAUCGGUGACUUGAUCGGCCGACGAAAGACAAUUCUUUACGGUUCGUUGGUGUUCUUUGUCGGCGGUACCCUCCAAACACUAGCCACCAGUAUGGCUAUGAUGAUGGUGGGCCGAAUAAUUGCUGGUUUUGGUGUGGGUGCCUUGUCAACAAUAGUGCCCGUGUACCAGUCUGAGAUUUCGCCCCCUCACAACCGUGGGAAAUUAGCCUGCAUUGAAUUUACCGGAAACAUUGCCGGAUAUGCAACUAGUGUUUGGGUGGAUUACUUUUGCAGCUUCAUCGAGUCCAACUACUCCUGGCGACUGCCUCUUCUUUUUCAAUGUAUAAUGGGCCUUGCCCUUGGAGCUGGAAGUCUACUCAUCUGCGAAUCUCCACGAUGGCUCUUGGAUAAUGAUCACGAUGAAGAAGGCAUGGUGGUCAUCGCCAAUCUUUACGGCGAAGGUGAUAUUCAUAAUGACAAAGCGCGCCAAGAGUACCGAGAGAUCAAAAUGGGAGUUCUCCUGCACCGCCAGGAAGGGGAAAGAUCCUAUGGCGAUAUGUUUCGCCGUUACAAAAAGCGAGUUUUUAUUGCCAUGUCCGCCCAGGCCUUGGCCCAGCUUAACGGUAUCAACGUUAUCUCUUAUUAUGCGCCCCUUGUGUUCGAGUCCGCUGGCUGGGCUGGUCGAGAUGCUAUUCUCAUGACGGGCAUCAACGGGAUUUCGUAUCUUCUUUCCACCAUCCCUCCCUGGUAUCUGGUGGAUGGAUGGGGUCGGCGGCCGAUUUUGCUGUCGGGUGCAGUAGCGAUGCUCAUCUCUCUCUCUCUGAUCUCUUACUUCAUUUAUAUCGAGAUUAGUGCUACCCCAACCCUGACCGUCAUUUUUGUUAUGGUUUACAACGCGGCUUUUGGGGCAUCUUGGGGCCCAAUCCCGUGGCUCUAUCCACCUGAGAUUCUCCCCUUAAGCAUCCGUGCCAAGGGAGCCAGUUUGAGCACCGCGGCCAAUUGGGCAUUCAAUUGGCUUGUUGGAGAGGUGACCCCAGUUCUUCAGAAUGCCAUCAAAUGGCGACUGUAUCUGGUACAUGCCUUUUUCUGCGCAUGUAGUUUUGUGGUUGUGUACUUUUUGUAUCCCGAGACUAGCGGGGUCCGAUUAGAAGAUAUGAAUGUUCUGUUUGGUGACGCCUCAACUGCCAUGCCCACCCCGGCCACCGACGGCGAGCGAGGAUCACUUAUCGGCGGAGGAUCGCCCGUCCCCUCCCUCGAUAUACGCCGACCAUAUGGCCAAUUUGGCACUGAGAGCGCGAUUCCCGGUCUGGAUAUUGAUCCCCCAUUUUGA